AUGAGCCCUCUAAUGAGAAGUUGGAUAGAUUAUGAGCCACCAACACACUCGGUAGACACUGUUGCAGAAUGGCCUAACAAGACCUCUAAUAAGAAGUUUGAUAGAUAUGAUGAGCCACCAGCACACUCAGUAGAAACUAUUGCAGAAUGGCCUGAUGAGCCCCAUAAUGAGAAGUUGGAUAUAGAUGAUGAGCCACCAGCAGACUCAUUGGAUACAGAUGACGAGCCACCAGCACACUCAGUAGAAACUAUUGCACAAUGGCCUGAUGAGCCCUCUAAUGAGAAGUUGGAUAGAGAUGAUGAGCCACCAGCACACUCAGUACAAACUACUGCAGAAUGGCCUGAUGAGACCUCUAAUGAGAAGUUGGAUAGAAAUGAUGAGCCACCAGCAGACUCGGUAGAAACCAUUGCACAAUGGCCUGAUGAGCCCUCUAAUGAGAAGAGGGAUAGAGAUGAUGAGCAAGCAGCACACUCAGUAGAAACUAUUGCACAACGGCCUGAUGAGCCCUCUCAUGAGAAGUUGGAUAGAGAUAAUGAGCCACCAGCACACUCAGUAGAAACUAUUGCACAAUGGCCUGAUGAGCCCUCUAAUGAGAAGUUGGAUAGAGAUGAUGAGCCACCAGCACACUCUGUAGAAACUAUUGCACAAUGGCCUGAUGUGCCCUCUAAUGAGAAUUUGGAUAGAGAUGAUGAGCCACCAGCACACUCAGUACAAACUACUGCAGAAUGGCCUGAUGAGACCUCUAAUGAGAAGUUGGAUAGAAAUGAUGAUCCACCAGCAGAGUCGGUAGAAACCAUUGCACAAUGGCCUGAUGAGCCCUCUAAUGAGAAGAGGGAUAGAGAUGAUGAGCAAGCAGCACACUCAGUACAAACUACUGCAGAAUGGCCUGAUGAGCCCUCUAAUGAGAAGUUGGAUAGAGAUGAUGAGCCACCAGCACACUCAGUGGAAUCUAUCGCACAAUGGCCUGACGAGCCCUCUAAUAAGAAGUUGGAUGGAGAUGAUGAGCCACCAGCAGACUCAGUAGAAACAGUUGCAGAAUGGCCUGAUGAGCCCUCUAAUGAGAAGUUGGAUAGAGAUGAUGAGCCACCAGCACACUCAUUAGAAACUACUGCACAGUGGCAUGAUGAGCCCUCUAAUGAGAAAUUGGAUAAAGAUGCCGAGCCACCAGCACACUCAGUAGAAACAGUUGCAGAAUGGCCUGAUGAGCCCUCUAAUGAGAAGUUGGAUACAGAUGAUGAGCCACCAGGACACACAUUGGAUAAAGAUGAUGAGCCACAAGCACACUCAGUAGAAACUAUCGCACAAUGGCCUGAUGAGGCCUCUAAUGAGAAAUUGGAUAGAGAUGCCGAGCCACCAGCACACUCAGUAGAAACUAUUGCAGAAUGGCCUGAUGAACCCUCUAUUGAGAAGUUGGAUAGAGAUGAUGAGCCACCAGCACACUCAGUGGAAUCUAUCGCACAAUGGCCUGACGAGCCCUCUAAUAAGAAGUUGGAUGGAGAUGAUGAGCCACCAGCAGACUCAGUAGAAACAGUUGCAGAAUGGCGUGAUGAGCCCUCUAAUGAGAAGUUGGAUACAGAUGAUGAGCCACCAGCACACUCAGUAGAAACUAUCGCACAAUGGCCUGAUGAGUCCUCUAAUGAGAAAUUGGAUAGAGAUGCCGAGCCACCAGCACACUCAGUAGAAACUAUUGCAGAAUGGCCUGAUGAACCCUCUAUUGAGAAGUUGGAUAGAGAUGAUGAGCCACCAGCACACUCAGUGGAAUCUAUCGCACAAUGGCCUGACGAGCCCUCUAAUAAGAAGUUGGAUGGAGCUGAUGAGCCACCAGCAGACUCAGUAGAAACAGUUGCAGAAUGGCCUGACGAGCCCUCUAAUGAGAAGUUGGAUACAGAUGAUGAGCCACCAGCACACUCAGUUGAAACUAUUGCAGAAUGGCCUGACAAGGUCUCAAAUAAGAAGUUGGAUAGAAUCGAUGAGCCACCAGCACACUCAGUAGAAACUAUUGCAGAAUGGCCUGAUGAGCCCCAUAAUGAGAAGUUAGAUAUAUAUGUUGAGCCACCAGCAGACUCUUUGGAUAGAGAUGUUGAGCCACCAGCACACUCAGUGGAAUCUAUCGCACAAUGGCCUGACGAGCCCUCUAAUAAGAAGUUGGAUGGAGACGAUGAGCCACCAGCAGACUCAGUAGAAACAAUUGCAGAAUGGCCUGAUGCGCCCUCUAUUGAGAAGUUGGAUACAGAUGAUGAGCCACCAGCACACUCAGUAGAAACUAUCGCACAAUGGCCUGAUGAGCCCUCUAAUGAGAAGUUGGAUAGAGAUGAUGAGCCACCAGCACACUCAGUAGAAACUAUCGCACAAUGGCCUGAUGAGUCCUCUAAUGAGAAAUUGGAUAGAGAUGCCGAGCCACCAGCACACUCAGUAGAAACUAUUGCAGAAUGGCCUGAUGAACCCUCUAUUGAGAAGUUGGAUAGAGAUGAUGAGCCACCAGCACACUCAGUGGAAUCUAUCGCACAAUGGCCUGACGAGCCCUCUAAUAAGAAGUUGGAUGGAGCUGAUGAGCCACCAGCAGACUCAGUAGAAACAGUUGCAGAAUGGCCUGACGAGCCCUCUAAUGAGAAGUUGGAUACAGAUGAUGAGCCACCAGCACACUCAGUUGAAACUAUUGCAGAAUGGCCUGACAAGGUCUCAAAUAAGAAGUUGGAUAGAAUCGAUGAGCCACCAGCACACUCAGUAGAAACUAUUGCAGAAUGGCCUGAUGAGCCCCAUAAUGAGAAGUUAGAUAUAGAUGUUGAGCCACCAGCAGACUCAUUGGAUAGAGAUGAUGAGCCACCAGCACACUCAGUGGAAUCUAUCGCACAAUGGCCUGACGAGCCCUCUAAUAAGAAGUUGGAUGGAGAUGAUGAGCCACCAGCAGACUCAGUAGAAACAAUUGCAGAAUGGCCUGAUGCGCCCUCUAUUGAGAAGUUGGAUACAGAUGAUGAGCCACCAGCACACUCAGUAGAAACAAUCGCACAAUGGCCUGAUGAGUCCUCUAAUGAGAAAUUGGAUAGAGAUGCCGAGCCACCAGCACACUCAGUAGAAACUAUUGCAGAAUGGCCUGAUGAACCCUCUAUUGAGAAGUUGGAUAGAGAUGAUGAGCCACCAGCACACUCAGUGGAAUCUAUCGCACAAUGGCCUGACGAGCCCUCUAAUAAGAAGUUGGAUGGAGAUGAUGAGCCACCAGCAGACUCAGUAGAAACAGUUGCAGAAUGGCCUGAUGAGCCAUCUAUUGAGAAGUUGGAUACAGAUGAUGAGCCACCAGCACACUCAGUAGAAACAAUCGCACAAUGGCCUGAUGAGCCCUCUAAUGAGAAGUUGGAUAGAGAUGAUGAGCCACCAGCACACUCAGUAGAAACUAUCGCACAAUGGCCUGAUGAGCCCUCUAAUGAGAAGUUGGAUAGAGAUGAUGAGCCACCAGCACACUCAGUAGAAACUAUCGCACAAUGGCCUGAUGAGUCCUCUAAUGAGAAAUUGGAUAGACAUGCCGAGCCACCAGCACACUCAGUAGAAACUAUUGCAGAAUGGCCUGAUGAACCCUCUAUUGAGAAGUUGGAUAGAGAUGAUGAGCCACCAGCACACUCAGUGGAAUCUAUCGCACAAUGGCCUGACGAGCCCUCUAAUAAGAAGUUGGAUGGAGAUGAUGAGCCACCAGCAGACUCAGUAGAAACAGUUGCAGAAUGGCCUGAUGAGCCCUCUAAUGAGAAGUUGGAUACAGAUGAUGAGCCACCAGCACACUCAGUAGAAACUAUCGCACAAUGGCCUGAUGAGUCCUCUAAUGAGAAAUUGGAUAGAGAUGCCGAGCCACCAGCACACUCAGUAGAAACUAUUGCAGAAUGGCCUGAUGAACCCUCUAUUGAGAAGUUGGAUAGAGAUGAUGAGCCACCAGCACACUCAGUGGAAUCUAUCGCACAAUGGCCUGACGAGCCCUCUAAUAAGAAGUUGGAUGGAGAUGAUGAGCCACCAGCAGACUCAGUAGAAACAGUUGCAGAAUGGCCUGAUGAGCCCUCUAAUGAGAAGCUGGAUACAGAUGAUGAGCCACCAGCACACUCAGUUGAAACUAUUGCAGAAUGGCCUGACAAGGUCUCAAAUAAGAAGUUGGAUAGAAUCGAUGAGCCACCAGCACACUCAGUAGAAACUAUUGCAGAAUGGCCUGAUGAGCCCCAUAAUGAGAAGUUGGAUAUAGAUGAUGAGCCACCAGCAGACUCAUUGGAUAGAGAUGAUGAGCCACCAGCACACUCAGUAGAAACUAUUGCACAAUGGCCUGAUGAGCCCUCUACUGAGAAGUUGGAUAGAGAUGAUGAGCCACCAGCACACUCAGUGGAAUCUAUCGCACAAUGGCCUGACGAGCCCUCUAAUAAGAAGUUGGAUGGAGAUGAUGAGCCACCAGCAGACUCAGUAGAAACAAUUGCAGAAUGGCCUGAUGCGCCCUCUAUUGAGAAGUUGGAUACAGAUGAUGAGCCACCAGCACACUCAGUAGAAACAAUCGCACAAUGGCCUGAUGAGCCCUCUAAUGAGAAGUUGGAUAGAGAUGAUGAGCCACCAGCACACUCAGUAGAAACUAUCGCACAAUGGCCUGAUGAGUCCUCUAAUGAGAAAUUGGAUAGAGAUGCCGAGCCACCAGCACACUCAGUAGAAACUAUUGCACAAUGGCCUGAUGAGCCCUCUACUGAGAAGUUGGAUAGAGAUGAUGAGCCACCAGCACACUCAGUGGAAUCUAUCGCACAAUGGCCUGACGAGCCCUCUAAUAAGAAGUUGGAUGGAGAUGAUGAGCCACCAGCAGACUCAGUAGAAACAGUUGCAGAAUGGCCUGAUGCGCCCUCUAAUGAGAAGUUGGAUACAGAUGAUGAGCCACCAGCACACUCAGUAGAAACAAUCGCACAAUGGCCUGUUGAGCCCUCUAAUGAGAAGUUGGAUAGAGAUGAUGAGCCACCAGCACACUCAGUAGAAACUAUCGCACAAUGGCCUGAUCAGCCCUCUAUUGAGAAGUUGGAUAGAGAUGAUGAGCCACCAUCACACUCAGUAGAAACAGUUGCAGAAUGGCCUGAUGAGCCCUCUAAUGAGAAGUUGGAUACAGAUGAUGAGCCACCAGCACACUCAGUAGAAACAAUCGCACAAUGGCCUGAUGAGCCCUCUAAUGAGAAGUUGGAUAGAGAUGAUGAGCCACCAGCACACUCAGUAGAAACUAUCGCACAAUGGCCUGAUGAACCCUCUAUUGAGAAGUUGGAUAGAGAUGAUGAGCCACCAGCACACUCAGUGGAAUCUAUCGCACAAUGGCCUGACGAGCCCUGUAAUAAGAAGUUGGAUGGAGAUGAUGAGCCACCAUUGGAUAGAGAUGAUGAGCCACCAGCACACUCAUUAGAAACUACUGCACAGUGGCAUGAUGAGCCCUCUAAUGAGAAAUUGGAUAAAGAUGCCGAGCCACCAGCACACUCAGUAGAAACAGUUGCAGAAUGGCCUGAUGAGCCCUCUAAUGAGAAGUUGGAUACAGAUGAUGAGCCACCAGCACACUCAGUAGAAACAAUCGCACAAUGGCCUGAUGAGCUCUCUAAUGAGAAGUUGGAUAGAGAUGAUGAGCCACCAGCACACUCAGUAGAAACUAUCGCACAAUGGCCUGAUGAACCCUCUAUUGAGAAGUUGGAUAGAGAUGAUGAGCCACCAGCACACUCAUUGGAUAGAGAUGAUGAGCCACCAGCACACUCAGUAGAAACAAUCGCACAAUGGCCUGAUGAGCCCUCUAAUGAGAAGUUGGAUAGAGAUGAUGAGCCACCAGCACACUCAUUAGAAACUACUGCACAGUGGCAUGAUGAGCCCUCUAAUGAGAAAUUGGAUAAAGAUGAUGAGCCACCAGCACACUCAGUAGAAACAGUUGCAGAAUGGCCUGAUGAGCCCUCUAAUGAGAAGUUGGAUACAGAUGAUGAGCCACCAGCACACUCAGUGGAAUCUAUCGCACAAUGGCCUGACGAGCCCUCUAAUAAGAAGUUGGAUGGAGAUGAUGAGCCACCAUUGGAUAGAGAUGAUGAGCCACCAGCACACUCAGUAGAAACAAUCGCACAAUGGCCUGAUGAGCCCUCUAAUGAGAAGUUGGAUAGAGAUGAUGAGCCACCAGCACACUCAUUAGAAACUACUGCACAGUGGCAUGAUGAGCCCUCUAAUGAGAAAUUGGAUAAAGAUGAUGAGCCACCAGCACACUCAGUAGAAACAGUUGCAGAAUGGCCUGAUGAGCCCUCUAAUGAGAAGUUGGAUACAGAUGAUGAGCCACCAGCACACUCAGUGGAAUCUAUCGCACAAUGGCCUGACGAGCCCUCUAAUAAGAAGUUGGAUGGAGAUGAUGAGCCACCAUUGGAUAGAGAUGAUGAGCCACCAGCACACUCAGUAGAAACAAUCGCACAAUGGCCUGAUGAGCCCUCUAAUGAGAAGUUGGAUACAGAUGAUGAGCCACCAGCACACUCAUUAGAAACUACUGCACAGUGGCAUGAUGAGCCCUCUAAUGAGAAAUUGGAUAAAGAUGAUGAGCCACCAGCACACUCAGUAGAAACAGUUGCAGAAUGGCCUGAUGAGCCCUCUAAUGAGAAGUUGGAUACAGAUGAUGAGCCACCAGCACACUCAGUGGAAUCUAUCGCACAAUGGCCUGACGAGCCCUCUAAUAAGAAGUUGGAUGGAGAUGAUGAGCCACCAUUGGAUAGAGAUGAUGAGCCACCAGCACACUCAGUAGAAACAAUCGCACAAUGGCCUGAUGAGCCCUCUAAUGAGAAGUUGGAUAGAGAUGAUGAGCCACCAGCACACUCAUUAGAAACUACUGCACAGUGGCAUGAUGAGCCCUCUAAUGAGAAAUUGGAUAAAGAUGAUGAGCCACCAGCACACUCAGUAGAAACAGUUGCAGAAUGGCCUGAUGAGCCCUCUAAUGAGAAGUUGGAUAGAGAUGAUGAGCCACCAGCACACUCAGUGGAAUCUAUCGCACAAUGGCCUGACGAGCCCUCUAAUAAGAAGUUGGAUGGAGAUGAUGAGCCACCAUUGGAUAGAGAUGAUGAGCCACCAGCACACUCAGUAGAAACAAUCGCACAAUGGCCUGAUGAGCCCUCUAAUGAGAAGUUGGAUAGAGAUGAUGAGCCACCAGCACACUCAUUAGAAACUACUGCACAGUGGCAUGAUGAGCCCUCUAAUGAGAAAUUGGAUAAAGAUGCCGAGCCACCAGCACACUCAGUAGAAACAGUUGCAGAAUGGCCUGAUGAGCCCUCUAAUGAGAAGUUGGAUACAGAUGAUGAGCCACCAGCACACUCAGUAGAAACAAUCGCACAAUGGCCUGAUGAGCCCUCUAAUGAGAAGUUGGAUAGAGAUGAUGAGCCACCAGCACACUCAUUGGAUAGAGAUGAUGAGCCACCAGCACACUCAGUAGAAACAAUCGCACAAUGGCCUGAUGAGCCCUCUAAUGAGAAGUUGGAUAGAGAUGAUGAGCCACCAGCACACUCAUUAGAAACUACUGCACAGUGGCAUGAUGAGCCCUCUAAUGAGAAAUUGGAUAAAGAUGCCGAGCCACCAGCACACUCAGUAGAAACAGUUGCAGAAUGGCCUGAUGAGCCCUCUAAUGAGAAGUUGGAUACAGAUGAUGAGCCACCAGCACACUCAGUAGAAACAAUCGCACAAUGGCCUGAUGAGCUCUCUAAUGAGAAGUUGGAUAGAGAUGAGCUUGAAGAGGAGUUCGUGGCUGAGAGAAAUUCAGGAAGUCCAGUUAAUGUAGUGACACAAAGGUUGUAUACAGCAUGGUUGGGAAAAGGUAGAGAAAUACCAAAUUUUCCUGUAAACGGUGUGUCCCUUGUGGGUGCUGUUGGUACAGAAGGUACAUCAAACAACAGUGUGUGCUUACCUCCAGCUAACAGCUCUAGAGGCAUUAGUGGCAGAGUGAAAAGAAAAUUUCAGAUGGAAGGAAAUCCUUCCAUUGGGAGCAGUGAGACAGCUAAUGAUGGAACAACAUGGACUUUUACACCUCCAAAAGCUGUUCCUGGAAAAUGUUCACAGCAGAACAUCUUGAAGGUAGCACCAGGACCUACAGGCUACACAAAGAAGUUUGUCAGGAAAGAUGAUAAAAGUGUUCAAGUAGAAGGCAAAGGAUGA